AUGGUCGUGGAGGAGUUUCGGGUUCGUCUCUGUGGUGUAGAGGAAGAGCUAGUGUCCAAUCCUGAGAAAUGGUUCCUCAAAAUCCCAGAGAAGAUCAGUAAUUCGUUCGUAACCGCACUGGAAGCUGACCAAUGUCCAAGGACUAGGGCGAGAAAUGCCAAGUCACAGAAAGGAUACCGAUUGCAAAAACUAGUUACUUCACUGCUUCGUUCUGAUAAAAGGUUGUCAUCACUUUUCGAUUUUGAUGAUUUCCAUUAUGGGCUGUUUGGCGGCAAAAUGCUAUCGCAAAAGGCGCUUAUGAAUAUGCCAAACUCCGCUCAACUCGAAAUGGGCGACAGGCAACCUCCAUUGUGCAUUUUCUGUUUCGAUAACGGUUCAGAUACCAACGAACUAUGUGGUCGUCUUCGUUGGUGUCCAGAUAUUCCUCUGUUUUUUGCUAUUCAUGAACUCUGCGCCCUAAUGACUCCGGAAGUUCUGACUGUUGAUAAUCCUACACCACUAGGAAAAGAGCUCUUUGAGACGGAUGUAAACCAAUUGCAUGCGGCAUUUGCUCGAGGGCGCACUCUGAUUUGCAGUGUCUGCCACGAAAAAGGUGCGGGCAUAGGUUGCUGCUCUACCUCUUGCCGACGCGUGUUCCAUCUUCCGUGUGCCAUCCGAUCUAUGUGUUAUUUGGAUUAUGAGGAAUUCAGGUGCUUCUGUUCAAAACACUCGGCGGCAGCUUUUGAGAAAACAACUGCGUCACUUUUUUCACUUGAUCUCAAAAAGGAAAGUGAAGAUCUCUGCUGCCUUUGCAUGGACAAGGUUCAGCCAAAAAUAAACCUGCAUUCGGUCAUUCAGAUGGACUGCUGUGGACUUCGUUUCUACCAUUUCGCCUGCAUGCAGCACGCGUCCCUUGUACGUGGUCAAGAAAUGCGUUGCCCGGCGUGCAAUCGUCCUAAUGAAGAAACAUGUUUUGAGGAGAGACUGAAACGGCAAGGGAUCUACUUGCAAACUUAGUCUUGUGUGAGUACUAUUGGUCCCGAUAGGUACGACGACAGUGAUGCUUUGAACGAUGAUGUGUUCAACCCGCACGAAGCACUUAAUGCAUGCAUCACUUGCGGAGUGCACUGCCACCGUAUAUGCGCUGGGCCACCGUGGUCCACCUAUACCCCCGAGGAUGAUGGUGACGAGGAGAAGUGGCAGUGCGAUGAAUGCAGGGAAACUUCUUCGCACAUGGCACGCAUCAAUACAACGUCAGCACCUUCUUUUCCAAGGACCGCAGCUGGAGAGAAUUUGGAAACGGCUUGUGAUCAGUUGCUCUGCAACUUCAAAUUUGAUCUCACUUUCGUUAAAUAG